GCAUCGUCCUCGACUCCGGGGACGGCGUCACCCACAACGUCCCCAUCUACGAGGGCUACGCUCUGCCCCACGCCAUCAUGCGUCUCGACUUGGCCGGCCGCGACCUCACCGACUACCUCAUGAAGAUCCUCACCGAGAGGGGCUACUCCUUCGUCACCACCGCCGAGCGGGAAAUCGUGCGCGACAUCUGCCCGUCGCCUCCCUCCUCUUCCUCGCUGGAGAAGAGCGACGAGCUCCCCGACGGGCAGGUCAUCACCAUCGGGAACGAGCGUUUCCGCUGCCCUGAGACCCUCUUCCAACCCUCCUUCAUUGGCAUGGAGUCAGCUGGCAUCCACGAGACGACCUACAAAUCCAUCAUGAAGUGCGACAUCGACAUCCGCAAGGACCUUUACGCCAACAACGUGUUGUCCGGCGGCACCACCAUGUACCCCGGCAUCGCCGACCGCAUGCAGAAGGAAAUCACGGCGCUGGCUCCCAGCACCAUGAAGAUCAAA